AUGACGAGUGAUCCAGACGACCUGCACACACACACCCUGCACCUGAAGAAGAUGUUCUGGCUCUUUGCCCUGCCGCUCUUAACUUCCUACGUACAGCUGACGAGAGCGGAUAAUGGAGGUGCGAAAGUUCAAGUGACCAAGAAGGGGCUGGAAUAUGGAAAGGAACUGGGCCUAGAGAUGUUGAAGUCCGUGAUAAAGAAGGCGGCAAUCCAAGAUUUACAAGGCUCUUACAAAUCAAUGCUCACUGGGACUAUAGAUUAUUCUUUAUCAGGGAUCAAGGUUCUCCAGGUCCAGGUGAGCAGCUCCAAAGCUGACUUCUCUGCAAGGAAGGGGAUCAACCUUACCAUAGAAAAUGCCCAGAUCUCGCUCACUGGCAAGUGGAAAUUGUCCCAUAAGCUUGGAAAAGGGAAUGGCGAUAUUAACACCACCAUCAGACAGCUGUCCAUUUCCACUCUCCUUGGUGUGGGCAAACAAGUCAAAGGGCAGCUGUCCGUGAAGGUCAUCGAAUGCAAAACCAGCGUUGGAGGCCUGGCCCUGAAAUUACAAGGGAAAAACAGUUGGUUCUAUAACAGCCUCGUGCCUGCCUUCAAGAAAACGCUGAAAUCCGAAAUCAACAAAAGUACAGCGACUAAUCAGGCAUCGCCCUUCACCCGGCCACGCUACUCCGGAGCAGAGCUAUGUCCUUUGAUCGAGGAAGGAAUUGACAACAUUGCAGAAAUCCUGAAAGUCGCGGGCGUCACGGCCCCAAUCGACUCCUUUGUAGGGAUCGACUUUACCUUGAUGAGCGAGCCAGUAAUUGGUGUGGAUCAAUGCACUGGGGAGUUCAAGGGUGAAUUCUAUCCAUUGGGAAAGCCCAGCAGGGCGCCCCUCCAGCCUGCCCCGUUCUCCCUCCCAAAGCAGUCAAACUCCAUGGUCGUCCUCGGUGUCUCCGAAUUCGUCCUCAACACAGCUGCUUUUGCCUACUUCACCGCAGGGGUGCUUCGGGUGAAGCUCACAAACGAUACGAUCCCAAAAGGUUUCCUGUUCCGUAUGAACACCAAGAACAUCGGCAAUUACUCACAGGAGCUCUACGAGCAGUUCCCACAUAUGCUGAUGGAGGUCCACAUUGCUGCCCGGAAGGCACCCCACCUGAGCAUGAAGCCGGAUGGUCUGAAUGCAACCCUCGCUGGAUCUGCGGAGGCCUUUGUUAUCCUGCCCAAUGCCAGCCUGGUCCCUGUAUUCCUGCUAAAUUUUGACAGCAACCUUAGGGGACAAAUCUCCUUUGAAGCGGUCAAGUCGGGGAAGUCCAUUGGCAAAGUUGGGGGCUCGGUGACCCUGGAAAACAUCCAACUGUCCCAGGAGUGGUCAAAGGUUGGAGAUAUCAAGAUAAAAUCUAUGGAGGACAACCUGAAGGAGGACGGGCAGAGGGUGCUAUCAAAGCUCAACAACCGCCUUAAGGAAGGGAUUCCUCUUCCGUACGUCCCUAAGACCACCCUCCAAAACCCCAAAGUCACGAUGCACGAGGGAUACAUGGUAGCAACAACGGACAUGCACUAUAAGCCGUAA